ACCAAACCUCCAUGUGUUUCAGUUCGCUUCCGGGUUUCUUGCCUUGCCUCCUGCAUGCUUUAAAGUGAGAACAUUUCCCGAGGCCCCGUGUCUGAGAUCGUGCAGGAACUGCAUCAGGAUGCAGGACCUGAGCCGAUGUCCUCGGAACCUGCUGGUCUGUGAGCGGUCCAGCUUCCAGAACGAGAAAAACAGGGUCAGCGCACAGGUGGAGCAAAUGCAUUUUAACUACAAGGUGUCUCUGCUACUGCCUGAUUGUAGCUCCGCCCCCUCCCAUCUGGAUGAAACAUUGAAGUCAUUCAACAGUUUUUACCUGAUUAAGAAGCUGCCCAUCUACAAGCUGCUGAAUGAGAACUUCCUGCGGAGUGCCAUCUACAACGGCAGCGUGUAUGGUUUAUCCCACCAGACUCGCAUCGACGAGGAUAACUGUGUCUCCCUAAUGCCCAACGGUAUCUUGACCCUGUCCCUGGACAAAGACUCUUUUGAGCUGCUGGGCUUCGAGGGGAAACCAUCAAGGUUUAACCACAGGCGUUGCAGCAGAUUUGUGGUAACUGUGAACCUAACGGACAGCUGCAUGGCUCCUGGAAGGCGGAAUUACCUCAGACUUCUUGAGGGUCUGAAGUCACGCCUUCCGCUACAAACGGACUUCCUGUUGUCACAUCAUCCAGGGGGUGGGGCUUCUUUGCAUCCCCUUUUGUCUUGCUGUGAUUGGUCAGAGCACCAACCUGAGGUCAAAUUCCGCAGCCUGACCAACGUGUCCUUUCCUGUCCCCGAGUCAUGUGACCCUCACAGCUUCCUGCAGUGGUUGGGUGCGGUGGAGUCCGGCGUCAGCGGUGAGAACUCGUCCAACAGCUUCCUGUCCUCACUGAUCUGUCCGGAACCGAAAACUCAGACCAACUGCGCUCUGAGCGCGUGUGUGAGCGGCAUGCUGCUACCGCAAGACAUCCAGCGCCUCAUUGGUCAGCUCAGGAGUCACCUGGAGCAGGUCCAGUCCUGGGCGGUGCUGACAGUUCACGGUUUCGCGGACAGCCCCGUGUCCUGGGGAGGGAGAGAGCAUGGAUUUCUUCGAGGAGGAGAGAACUUUUACAGCCUGCUGAUGUCCCACGACCACACCUACCACCUUCACUUGGCUGCCGGCGCACACGAUGCCUGCCCACCGUGAUGCCACUAACCCAUCAGAACCAAGAGAAUUGACUGAGCUCAGACAGUGCUGGAGGCCUGACCUGUGGCUUAUUCAACCUGUUAGAACUUCACCAGAUCAGAACCAGUGUGCAAUUAAUUUAGUCUUGAAAUUCUUUAGUUUGUUCCGGACUAGCAGUUCUGGUUCAACCCAUGACUUACUUAUCAGCAAUACAUUGGGAACAGAAGCAGAACCCCUGUUAGAACUAGUGCUUUUCAGUGAGAGCAAGGGGAUCUAACCCGGGUCAACACACCUUUUGUGGAUAGUUGAGCUGCAGCAGAACCACAGAGGCUGAGAGAAUGAUGUGUGGAAGAUCUGCGCCUGGCAUGCCUUGGUAAGCAAUCAGGUGGUUUUCUCGACUUUAAAACGUUAUGUGUCUGCCUUAUUUGUCUGAGGGCGUGUAGGGUCAAAUCCACUCUGCUCUCCAGGUAGCUUUUUCGUUUUAUACAUGUAAAAUGGGUGGGCAAAUGGUAUAUAAUUUUUUUUCAGCAAUGGUAACUAGUUUCAUUUAUUUUGAACCCUGGAACUGAGUCAUUUUCUGACUGCACUUUUGGAUGCAGUGCCAUUUCCUGCCAUGGGGUGGUGCCGCCGAGACGCCAUUUUCUUUGAAUAAAUGUCAUCAUCGUCUUCACUGAAUUCCAUUUCCCAGUUACCAUGUUGAAUUUUGUUUCUCCGACAGGGAUGUGCGAAGGGUUUGGGAGCGUCAGGUGAGUUCUUUGUGGACUCAGGUUCAGGUGCCGUUCAGGUUGGCUGCAGACAGAAGCUGGCUUUGCUGAUGAUUUGGGUUUGAAAGAGCGGGCCGCUGCAUUUGAAACAGGUUUUGACUUAAUGCUUAAUUUCUUUAAAGUGGUUCAAACACUGAGAUCGAUGGACCUUUUGAGUUGGUUUGCUUAGUCUUUCACGUCUCUUCUUCUCAGACGUGUUGAAAUGUUUUCUGUGUUGUUGAACCUCUUUUUUUUCUUGGAUUUUGGCUUGAUGACAUCAUUCAUUUGAUUACAUCACAAAGAGGAGUAAUGUAUUUAUUUUAUGACGUCAUACUCUGUGAUGCCAUCAGAGAGGUAAUCUAUUCAGACCAUAAAUUGUAUUUAUAAAAAAAAAAAAACUUGGUUAGCAACUUUUAAUCUAAGGCAUUUUUCCUUUUUAAAGCAUAAUAAGAAUUGCAACGUUUUGUUUUUUCCUUAAUGACCACAAGGAGUUGGAUGCAAAUGCGAGUCAAUCUCUUUUUACUGACAUGUUUAAAGACCCAAACCAAUGAAGAUGGUGUUUUUGGCAGGGGUCUUGGUGUGUGGGUGACCAGGCACUCCUCAUCUUUUAUAUCCCAUCAUGCACCACAGUAGAACACCAACACUCACCUGAGCACAGGUGCUAGCUCACCUUUGCACAAAUACUUUGUUUGCAUGCUUAAGAAUGUACAUGUGUGAGCUGCAGUUGUAUUGUGUAUGUGUUCACGUGUUAACAUGCUGACUUUGUGACUUAUCAUCUGCACCUCACAGAACUGUUGAUAAACCUCCAGCAACUUGU